CACAGGAAGCCCUGCGCCGGACUCCAGACUCUACUGGUGCACAACCACCAGUCCAGAAGGCCAGCACCAACGCCGAGCGAAGGGUCACUUUCAGUCCUCACGUUCCUAGGACUACUUCCUAGUUGCAUCUCUCCAUUCUUCCGGCAUCAAAUCCUGAAUCCUCGACCGGGCUGCAACGUCAUCUACUCUUGAUCCUCGCGUAUCUUAUCUGAAGUUAUCUGAAGUAGUACUAGCAGAUAUAAUUCCCAAAUCUCAGUUGGCUUUCUCCUAUGCCGCUUCCUCCUCUUCAGCGCAAUCUUGUGUCAGGUUAGUUACCGCAGGCACAAACUCAAGGAUGGUCUCCAAGAUCAAGCGACAGCUUGCCAGCCUCCCUCUUUUCGCCAAGGCGGCCUUGCUUCUGCUCAUUCUUCUCCUCCUCCUCGCCGUCAUCUUGCUACCCAUCUUCUUGAUCCCGCACCACCACAGAGCGGAGCUGCCACCAGCUUCCCCGGGGAACAAUAAUGGCUCCACGGGGCCCGACGACGUCGUGGCGUUCGAUUUCUCCCCGUUCCUCGUAAUGUACAAGAGCGGCCGCGUCCACCGGAUGGACGGCACCGACCGGGUCCCCGCCGGCGUCGACGAGGCCACCGGCGUGACCUCCAAGGACGUCGUCAUCGACGGCAAGACCGGCCUCGCGGCCCGGCUCUACCUGCCGCGCGGUGGGGGGAAGGAGGAGGAUCCUGUUAGCGGCGCGCUCCUUCCGGUCCUCGUGUUCUACCACGGCGGCGCGUUCGUCAUCGAGUCCGCGUUCACGCCCAAGUACCACGUCUACCUCAACUCGCUCGUGGCCAAGGCGGGCGUCGUGGCCGUGUCCGUGGAGUACCGCCUGGCGCCGGAGCACCCCCUGCCUGCGGCGUACGAGGACUCGUGGCGGGCGCUCAACUGGGUUGCCAAGAACGCAGACGCCGGGCCGGAGCCGUGGCUUCGCGACCGGGGGAACCUCUCCCGGCUGUUCGUCGCCGGGGACAGCGCAGGCGCAAACAUCGCGCACAACAUGGCGAUGCGCGCUGGCAACGAGGGGGGCCUGGCGGGUGGCGCCGCCAUCACGGGCAUCCUGCUCUUGGACCCUUACUUCUGGGGGAAGAAGCCCGUGGGCGCGGAGACGACGGACCAGGCGAAGCGGCGGCAGUACGAGGCGACGUGGUCCUUCAUCUGCGACGGGAAGUACGGCAUCGACGACCCGCUGAUCGACCCGCUGGCGACGCCGGCGUCGGAGCUGCGGAAGAUGGCGUGCGCGCGCGUGGCCGUGACGGUGUCGGGCCUGGACGACUUCGAGGAGCGCGGGAAGGCGUACGCGGCGGCGCUCCGUGACAGCGGGUGGGACGGGGAGGUGGUGCAGUACGAGACGGCCGGCGAGAGGCACGUCUACUUCCUGGACGCGCCCAAGAACCCAAAGUCCGCCAAGGAGCUGGCGUUCGCGGCCGGAUACCUGAGCCGGGAGUAGAUGGAUCCAUCCCCAUCGGGGCCAGGGAGCAGAGCGGUGCACGUGAGAUCGGGGGGAUCGAUUGCUGAUUGUCGUACAUAAUAAUUGGUUGAUUAUUAACUACAACACGCCGUUCUUGUUUGUUUCUUGCGUUUGGACAUCAUUCGAGCCAAGCUGGGUACCAAAAAAUUCACCUGGGUGGCCACCGUGACUUGGGGGAAACUUUCGGCCUGCGCCUUCGGGGAAAGAUGCCAGGAUCCGAUGCUUUCCGUGACUAGUUGUGCAGGAAGUGUUUCGCCCAACACGGCUGUUGUCGCAGGUGCACUGUCUGAUCUGCCAACGUUCCUGAAUUGUCCGUUGAGUCCAUUUCACAAGUUCGGGAA